CGUUCAAAUGAAUCAUUGUUUACUGUGCUAACUAGACAGUCUCUUUCAAACCAGCAAUAUGAACGAUUGUAAACCACUUACUAAAACUAUUGGAGUGUGGAUGUCAGAUAAGAAAAGUCAGAAAUUAAAUUGGAAGGAGUUAAUUAGUGCAGCUAACUCACAUGGCUACAAACUUGUAAAGGUGGAUUUGGAAAGGCCAUUAGAAGAACAGGGCCAGUUUGAUGUGUUUCUGCACAAACUGACUGAUAUCAUAGCUGCAGCUGAUCUAGGGGACCCUAAGGCAUCACUGAUCAUUAGCAAUGUAGAACAGUAUUUAUCAAAUCAUCCAAGUAUUACGGUUAUCGAUCCAUUAGACAACGUCAGAAUUCUGUUGAACAGAUAUAAUUAUUAUUCAAUAUUACAAGACGAACCUACAUUUAUUAGACAAGGGAUUUUUACACCAACAUUCGCAGAAUUUACAACUUCCAAUGUAAAAAAUAAUUUAGAAAUAAUGAGACAGAGAGGAGUCACAUUCCCAAUUAUAUGUAAACCAACGAUAGCUCAUGGCUCGAAGUCGGCUCACGAAAUGAUUUUGGUAUUUAAUGAGAGGGAUUUGAAUGUCUGCCGACCACCCUGUGUGGUCCAAAGUUUUGUUAAUCAUAAUGCAGUUCUACAUAAAGUAUUUCUUAUUGGAAAUAGAUAUCACAUAUGCGAAAGACCAAGCCUUAAAAACUUCUACGCAUCAAAAGACCUAGAACCAAUAUUCUACAGCACGGGAGAAGUGUGCAAAGCAGAUAGCCAGUCCACUCUGUCCAUAUUGGAUCCUCACGACGAGGCCGAUCUACAAAUUGCUUUAAACGAAGACAAGAUUAAAAUAAUAAUUCGUGCAUUAAGGAAAAGGAUCGGACUACUUUUAGCGGGAUUUGAUGUUGUCAUAGACAAUGUGACGGGAAAUCAUGCGGUUAUAGACAUCAAUGUGUAUCCUAGUUAUGAUAACUUUCCAAAUUUCUUUGAAAAUCUCAUGGACUGCAUUGAUGAAACUGUGCGCAGGACCAAUAUAGUGAACGGAGAUAGUGAGUUGUGUCAAGAGUACAUCAGCCACAGGAUAAAUGGGUUGAUAAAUGUUGCAUUUACUGCCAACAAGCUUGGGGUUACUGGUAUGAAUAUAAAUUAGUUCGUUAACAUUAUU